AUGGAGAAUCUUCACUGCAGUACUUCAACAUUUAGAGCGCGCGCCCGCUGGCCGGUGAGCGCGCACCGCGCCGUGCUGGUGACGGGCUGCGACCGCGGCCUGGGCUACUCGCUGGCGGUGCACUGCCAAGCCCUGGGGCUGACCGUCUUCGCCGGCCUGGGCGUGCGCGUGCUGCCGCUGGACGUGACGGACGCGGGCAGCGUGGGCGGCGCCGUGGACGCCGUCAAGCAGGCCCUGCGCGACGACCCGCAGCUGCGCCUGGCCGCGCUGGUCAACAACGCGGGCGUGCUGGUGUUCGGCGAGUUCGGCUGGCAGACGCCGCGCCAAGUGUCGCUGCAGCUCGACGUGAACCUGGCCGGCACCAUGCGCGUGUCCCGGGCCUUCCUGCCGCUGCUGCGCGACCAGGGCCGCCUGGUCGUGGUCACGUCGCACUGCGCGCUGGCCGCCCUCCCCGCGCUGUCCGUGUACGCCGCCACCAAGGCGGGGCUGCAGGCGUGGGCCGACGCGGUGCGCGUCGAGCAGGCCCAGUACGGCGUCCCCGUCGUCCAGGUGGUGCCCGGGUCCUUCACGCACUUGAGCGGCAUCCUGGCGGCGCACGAGGAGCACGCCCGCGAGAUGACGGCGGCCAUGUCGGAGGAGGACCGCCGCUUCUACGGCGACUACCCGCAGCGCUUCCACGAGUACCUGCGGCAGGUGGCCGCCAUGGGCAGGGAGGCGAGCGCGCGGCCCUCCAAGCUCCCCGACGAGGCGCUGCACCGCGUGUUCGAGGAGGCCCUGCUGGCCGUGCGCCCGCGGCACCGCUACGUGCACGAGCCCUGGCGCUACACGCUCUACCACACCCUCAUCAAGCUGGCCCCCGCCGCCGCCAAGGACUGGCUCGUCGUGCGCUUCGCUAUGCUGCCCGGCUUCCGCGACAAGUAGCGGCGGCUUACCCCCAAGGAGUACAGAAAAGUCAGUUUGAUGUCACUAUGAGCUCAAAAUGAGAGAAAAGGUCACGGCUAGGUACCAUUUUGAGGUCAAAAUGAUUUAGAUUUAGGUCAAAAUGACCUCCCCGUGACUCAAGUGUUCUCCUCUCCUCCUCCUCUGACGGUGGUGAUCAAAUAUGGGCCUUGUGAAAAACGUCGUAAGAAAUUUUUGUACCUAUUUCUUUUAUACUGAGAAAGGAAUUUUAGUCCGCCCUCUAGGACUACUGGCUGGUGGUCCGGUUCGCCACGCUGCCUGCCUUCCUCAACAGGUAGAGGCGUUUUUUAAAAAAAAAGAAAAAAUAAAGGCCGUUAUAAAACGAGUUGUGAGAAAUUUUUGUACCUGUUUCUAUAUUGCUGAAGCAAUUUUGGUCCGCUGGCCGUCAGGUUCACAACGCUGCCAUUCUAGACAAAAUAGUGGCAGCAGGAGAGGAUUUAGAAUUCUCCUGAUGGCGGCAUUCAAACACGGUCCAGGUGAAGCACGUCACUAGAAAUUUUUGUACCUACUAUUUAUAAAUCAAUGAAGGAUUUUCAGUCUUUAAAUAAAAUUAAUUAAGAGACAGCA